UCGCGGCGUAAUCCUAGCAAUCGAUAUAGUAAAACGCGUUAUUGAAAGUGUAUUAUUACCGGUGUAGUAUGAUAAAUGUAAUAAUUAUCGUGCAAUUGUAUACUAACAAUAAUCGUUAAUCGCUUAAUGUUUUUGCAUUAUCUUAAAUCAGAGAAAUGCUCGUCAAGUCACCCCUGCAAUGAGGCUAUAUGGUUUAACCAGGAAGCAACGCUUACACUGUUUCUGUGUUUAGGGAAAUGAGCCGUUUGUAAAGUAAGAAGGAGAUACAUCUGAGGCUAUAGAGCAUUUUCCGACUGGCAUGUAAAUUUCCAUGCCAUUUGCACGUGAUUUCGGUUACCAGAGGUUUUCUGACAGUGCUGCGCUGCCGUUGCUUGUUACUUAAAAUACGAAUACACCUUUGGACAAACUGGAAACUAGCUAGCCAACCUUCAGCUGUAACUGUUCGCGCUGUAUUUAAGGGAUAUCGGCCUGAGACUAUAGUUUGAACAGUCAGUUUUAACGUGACAUUACCGCAUCAUGUCAGACUUUAUUAUUUUAGGUUUGAUUCUUUUUCUAGUAUUAUGUUUAAUUGCCACAAUCGUCUUGUUUGUUCUGUACUCGGGUCUGUUUAGCGUCAUCGACAUUCGGACUGGUUCUCCGCCUAUUAAAAAGAUUACAAUAGCAUACAAAUUCAAAGAGGGACCCUAUAAAGACUGUGGGGCAAGUUUCACCGAAGCCUGCAGUAUUGGCCCAAAGCUGUCCAACAUUGGAGUGUUUUACGAUGAUCCAAAACAGGUUCCUGAAGACAAGUGCCGAUAUGCAGUGGGCAGCAUCCUGAGCGAGGGCGACGACAAGCCAGACGAGGAUCUCCAGAAGGAGUAUGAGAGGUUCGGCUUCAGCGUCAUGUCCUUCCCCGAGGUGGACCACGCCGUCACCACCACCUUCCCCAACAAGAGCCCCAUAUCUCCGCUCAUAGCCGCCUACAGAGUCUACCCUGAGCUGGGCAACUACAUUGCUGAGCGGAAGCUGAGUGCCUUUCCCUUCAUGGAGAUCUGCAAGGGUGACGUCAUCCAGUACAUGUGCCCCCUGGCGCGCCAGAACAGCUUCUUCGUGCCCGAGACCCGCCUGACGGAGAAGAAGGAAGAGGAGUCGGACGACGAAGGCACAGGUGGCGACUCCAACAGCGAGAGCAGCUACGCCAGCCACGCCGUGCCCACCGAGAGCAGGGAGAGCUCGCUGGCCCCCUCCACCCUCGCACACGACCAGGAGGAGCAGCAGGAGCAGCAGGACGAGGAGCUGAGCGAGCGCGCAGAGCACAGCGAGGCCGAACGCGCCUCCAACGGCUCCCUGGGCAGCGGCUCGUCCUUCGAGGAACUGGGCCUGGAGGAGGAGGAGGAGGAGGCAUCUAACAUGCCCAACUGA